AAGACAACAUAAACAUAUGCUAGUGGCUUCCUGGUAGUAACUUUGAGACGAAAAAAAAGUCUCCAACCAAACAAAAGAAAAGUCCUCCUCCAUCAUCUCCAUAAGAAUUUCAAUUCCACUUUUCCAUUGUCUACCAACACAUCUCCUUGUUAUCUUUGCUAGCCUCAUCCUCACUCUAUUUGCAUUAUUCCUAACCCUGUUGACCUUUAACAAAACCAUAGGUUGAUAUGGGUCUUUGCUUGGGAUCUCUAGCUCAUGGACCUCCAGCUGAAGCUGAAGCUAACACAACCGCAACAACUACUCCAGUGGGAUCUAGCAAGAUUAUAGAAUCAUCAGGAACAAGCAGCAGCAACGGCAAAAGUCUAUUUUCAGAGGGAGCAAGUAUGUUAAGCAUGGAUGAUUAUCCUGAUGGGAAAAUCUUAGAGUCACCCAACUUGAAAGAAUUCACUUUUACAGAUUUGAAGACUGCCACUAAGAAUUUCAAGUCGGAUUCUGUGUUGGGUGAAGGAGGAUUUGGCAGAGUUUUCAAGGGUUGGGUGGAUGAGAAGACCCUUGCACCCUCCAAGGCUGGUAUUGGAAUGGUGGUUGCUAUCAAGAAAUUGAAUUCAGAAAGUAUGCAAGGAUUUCAAGAGUGGCAGUCGGAAGUAAAUUUUCUGGGAAGACUAUCCCAUCCCAACCUGGUCAGGCUAUUGGGAUACUGUUGGGAGGAUAAAGAGCUGCUUCUUGUGUAUGAGCUCAUGUCGAAGGGAAGCUUGGAGAAUCAUCUUUUUAGAAGGAACCCUAACAUUGAACCACUUUCUUGGGACAUAAGACUCAAAAUACUUAUUGGAGCUGCUCGGGGCCUGGCUUUCUUACACACUUCAGAAAAGAAAGUCAUAUACAGAGAUUUUAAGGCCUCAAAUAUACUGCUUGAUGGGAAUUACAAUGCAAAAAUCUCAGAUUUUGGCUUGGCAAAAUUAGGGCCUUCUGGUGGUGACUCACAUGUGACAACCAGGGUUAUGGGCACAUAUGGUUAUGCUGCUCCAGAAUACAUUGCAACAGGUCAUUUGUAUGUAAAGAGUGAUGUUUAUGGUUUUGGAGUGGUGCUGCUAGAAAUGCUAACCGGAUUGCGAGCGCUUGAUACAAAAAGGCCUAAUGGGCAGCAAAAUCUGGUUGAGUGGCUUAAGCCAUCUCUCUCUAGUAAAAGAAAGUUGAAGAGCAUUAUGGAUAUACGAAUGGAAGGCCAAUAUUCAACUAAGGCAGCAUUACAAGCAGGACAACUCACUCUAAAAUGCCUAGAAUCAGACCCUAAAAGCCGGCCUGCCAUGAAAGAAGUGGUGGAGGAAUUGGAAGGGCUUCAAGCAAUCAAGGAAAAACCAAAGGAUUGCAAAACCAAGUCUACUCAUUCUACACCUCAUCAUCACAGCCAACAUCCUAUUCAUCAUCGGUACAAACACCAUGCUGCUGAAAUUUGAUCAAAACAUAAAGUUUCACACGAAGCAAGGUGAAGAAAAAUACUUCACACACACAAAAAUUGUGUGCCUCGAUUUUUUUUUUUUUUUUUUGUAUGGGAGCCUUGUCAAAUAUGGUUUUAUUUUUUUAUUUUUUGGCCAAAGUAAUUUCUUUAGAUUCACAACAAUUUUUUUUUGUUGUUGUAAGUUGUAACUGGCCAUUUUAUGUUCAACAUGAUGAUCAUAGUGUAAUACUGGAAAUUGUAGGGUUUUUUUUCCUGAUGUAGUCCUGAAUAGAAUGGAAAAUAUCUCAAGGGUACUUAAAUGAUAUUCUGUUA